AUGAACCAGCCCUCCCGAGUUCUAAAAGAUAAAGCCGAAGCCAUACGCGCUUGGGACGAAGCUCAGAUGGAAUGGCUUGGUGAAUGGAAUUACGAGAGAGCAACAUACGCGGCCCGACGCCAUCUAGUUGAUCUGGCUCGCUACUAUGGUGGGGAUGAUAACGGUGUCCUCUGUUGUGGAGAGCGUCAUCCGCUAGAGAGUCUAGUUGGGAUGAAGGAAGAAGAAACGCGACUCUUGAUAGCCAUCCAAUCGAGCCGCGAAAUUCUGAAGAGGACGAGGCUCAGACUGCUCGACAAGAUUGCUUCAUUUCGUGGCAAAAAGGGCGAGGAUGAAGCGAAAGGCACCAGGAGGAUAGCCUACGGUCUUACACAUGAGUCAGAAGAGUCUGACGAGAACUCAGAAGAGCUGACCAGUCAGCUUCAGUGUCUUAAAGAGUUGGCAGACACGACUGAACUCCUGGCCGAAGUCGUGAAAUAUCCUCCUCCGCCUAAUAUUUGGUAG